UCGAUUUUGAAUUGUAAACAAACAAACCACAUGUAAGGUAAUGGCUUCAUAUUGAAGUAGCCAUGUCUGUUGCAUUCAGCAGUGAUGAUUCAGGCCUGGUUAGCCGAACAGUAUCCAUAACUAAUGAAGAAAAACAAGAUGUUUGCUAUUCUAUUGAUGACAUUUAUGAAAUAAAGAGAUGCAUCAAAUGGAUCCAAACGAACGAUUUUACAAAGAUUGCACUACAAUUUCCAGAUGGACUGUUAGCUGAUUCCGGUGCAAUAACUUUAAAACUUCAAGAAGAAACUUCUAAAAAAUUUUUCAUUCUUGGUGAUACGUCAUACAGCAGUUGCUGUGUGGAUGAAAUAGCAGCUGAACAUGUAGGCUGUGAUGCAAUCAUACAUUUUGGACAUGCUUGUUUGAGUCCUAACAAAAGAUUACCCGUGUUGUACGUUUUUGGGAAAUACAACAUAGACAUUCCAGAUGUUGUACAUGCAUUCAAAACGCUCCUUCCCGACAAGGAUUGUUUAGUUGCUAUUGUAUAUGAUGUCAUGUAUUCCUAUGCAGUUGGAGAUAUUACAGGCAGUUUGAAAGAUUACAAAAACCUUAUAACUUCAGAGUUAGAAAUACCAAAUAAUGCAUCCACGAGCUUAAUAGAUAACGAUACAAAUCUAACUAAAAUAACUAAAUGCCACCGGCACUUUGUGAUGCCCAAUAAUCAAAGUAUACUUGAUUAUGCCAUGUUUUACAUUGGAUUACAGAACCCUACUUUAAUGAAUUUGAUGUUAUCACUAAAUCAAUGCAAGUUUUACUCGUAUCAUCCAAAGAAUAAAAAAUAUCAAGCAGAGACUCUAGAUGUAAAUAAAUAUUUAAGGAAACGUUACUAUUAUAUAGAGAAAGCUAAAGAUGCCAAUAUCAUUGGCAUCUUAGUGGGUACUCUGGGAGUUUCAAAUUAUCUGGAUAUCAUAAAACACUUAAAAAGCCUUAUAAAAUGUGCAGGUAAAAAGUCUUACACUUUGGUGGUGGGCAAGCUGAAUGCUGCCAAGUUGGCGAAUUUUGCUGAGAUUGAAGUUUUUGUAAAUGUUGCAUGUAUGGAGUCUUCAAUAGUGGACUGCCAUGAAUUUUAUCAACCUAUAGUCACGCCUUAUGAACUAGAAAUUGCCCUAAAUCAAGCAAGGGAAUGGACUGGCGAUUAUGUCACUGAUUUUGGGGAAUUGCUCCCAGGUGCUGCCCGCCAUAUGCAUGCAGUUCAUUCGAAAGAAGUUAAUGGAGAUGUUUCCCUAGUGACAGGGAAAAUGAGAUCAUUUGGAACCGCCAAGGAAGAAUUGGAGUCAUCAGAAACUAACACUAUGGUUCUCAGAAAUGAUAUGAAAAUAUCUGUCAUCCAUUCAAAAGCUGCCGGUGAGUUUUUAACUCAACGUAGCUGGCAAGGAUUAGAACAAAAAUUAGGGAAAACAUCAGUACCCGACAUUCAGCAAGGAAAAAAAGGAAUUGCUUGCCAGUAUGAAGAUGAAAUACAGAGUCAAGAUUCACAGACAUAGAUGUAAUAUAAAAGCUAUAAUUCUGUCUAUGGCAUCCAUAGCUCUGGGCUGAUGUAAAUAUUGUGUAUCAAGAUUUGUUCUAUGAUUAUUGAUGAUUGUCAGAUAAAUCUUACAUUGAUA